UUGUAACUUUGAGGAAGUUUUGAUAGUUUAUUAUUUCAGAAUUUAAUAUUUCUGAUACUUUUGAUCAAGGCAUCUGUUUGCUAUUACAUUCAGGAAGUUUUUAUUUUUCUAAAUUUCAUUUCUAUUUGUAAUGUUAUUGCGUACUGUUCAUUUAAAGUUGUUAAAUUAGUUAAGCUUUAGGCUGCAGACUUUGCCUGUGGCGUCCUUAGUUAUUGUAGCGUGCGUUUCCGGCAACCACCUUACUCACAUAAAGCUUGUACGAGUACUUUAGGCGUAGAAUUGUACAUUUAAAUUUAGCAAAAAAUAAGCUGUACAACAAAUACACGUGCAUUAAAGAUUAUGGCAACAGAAAUUUUUGGAAAAGAAGACUGUGAGGGGAUGAAUUUAACCCCUGACGAACUAAAAAGAUUAGGCAGUGCAUUAAAAGAUGAGCGGUUUCGAGAACUUUUGUUUGAAUAUGCAGAGGAACUUAACGAUCCAGCAAACAGGCGUCAGUAUGAAGAGGAUAUCAUUGCACUUGAAAAGGAAAGAGGUAUAAAUGCUGUCUUCAUUCACCCCAAGGCAGGCUAUGUACUAAAAACAACGUCAGGAAGCACAAAACAUGGAAAAGUUUUCCUUAACAUGUGUGAAAAUGAAAACGUUAAUAAACCCAAUUGCUACAGAAGCAUGAGGGAUAGUAAAACUAAAGGUCUCCAUUGGAAUAUUCCUCACUUAUUGGCCCCGCCAAGAAAAGACGUGGAUAAAAGGGGUGACAGUUGCAUGGUGUAUGAUGUUGUUUUUAACCCUGACACUUUGUACAUGGCUCAAAAAAAUAAAAAUUUUAGAGCAAUGAUAGAAGAGAUUGCUAUGAAAGGUGUUGAGGAUAAAUUUUCUGUGCAUCUUGACCAGCAAACUGUUCACUACCCUAAGAUGAAGUACAAAGGUCAGCCUGUUCCUACAAUAAUCAGAACCAAGCAUGAAUUUGUUGAAGCAGGAGGCAAUAACAGUCAAGCUUUGUGCCUCAAGUCUAUUCAAUCAUCAGCUUCACCUGGGAAUGAAAAUGAGGCUAAAGACACAUCAGUUACGUUAAACUCCUAUGAUUUAGGUACAAUAGACUUGGAUGAAAAAACUGUAAAGAACAACAAAAAACUGAAUAUGGAAAACUUGAGUAGUUUUAGUAUGCCCUACUCCAAAAUGGAAGAUUCCCUGGAUAACAUGCAUUUUGCUGUUGUAAAUGAGGAAAAUGAUUCAUUGUUGGUGCCCAAAUAUUCAAUUUUGCAUAGAAACUAUUGUGAGUUUGAAGAUUACAGUAUUAUACCUGGAAAGUUGAUGUCCACACGACCUAAAGAGCUAAUCAUUACUGUGGAACUACCACUCUUAAAUUCUGCUGAUAAUAUUGAACUUGAUGUUAUGAAAGACAGUAUAAUAUUGAAAUCCAAGAAACCUGGACCACAGUAUAAUCUUCAGUUGCAGCUGCCAUAUAGCAUAGAUGAAGACAAAGGCAGUGCAAAAUUUGACAGAACUAAACAUAAUUUGAUAAUUACUUUAUUAGUUCUUCAGUCAGAUGAAUAUUUUUCAGUAACAGAAGAUUCCAACUCAAACCAAGUAAAAGACAGUACUGAGUCUUGGCACAGUGAAGGUGAAUUUAAUUCAAAUCUUAAUGGUAUGAACAUGUCUAAUUUUCCAAGCAAUAUAAACCUUGAUGAUAGUCAUCAACAUCAAGACAAACAUUCUGGAAAGGAAGAACAUUGCAGUUUAAUACCACAUCAAGAUGAGAGAGAAAACAGUUUUGAAGAGUACUGUGUUAAAGAUGCAAACCAGGGUCAUAAUUGUGGUCUUAUUUCAAAAUCAUCCUGCACCUACAUAUACAGUGCCCCAGAUUUUGAAUAUCAUCAAACGUCUGAAAUGUUGAUAUUAGUUAUCUAUAUUAAGAAUGUGGACCCAAAAUCCAUAAAAACUCAGUGUUGUCAGGAAUGUUGUAUCUGGCAAAUGACAUAUUCAACUUUGGGAACAGGAUUCGUUCCAUUUCAUUAUUCCUUGGUUCUACCAUUUGAAGAUCCUUGUUUAGCUCUCGAUGUUGAAGAUGAAAGCUCUGUGGUUGAUGUGAAUGAUAACACAGUUUUGUGGAAAUUGAAGAAAUCUCAAAUGUCAAAUGGAAUGUGGACAUACUUUUUUGCAGGUGUUGACCAACAGAAUUUAAAGAAGUACCACAUGGCUUCUGAAAUUGGGACGUUGGCUCGACUAAAAUCACUUAAAGAUAUGACAGAAGAUAUUCUGUGUACCAGUGAGGUCUUGGAUGGAAAGAAGGUUUCCAUAAUAGAUGUCAGUGAGAAGGUAGUUACUUUUGAUAUACAGGUGGGUCCUGAGAAAGACAGUAAUGAACACAAAGUACUUCUUGACUCUGCUAACACAAACUCUUGUGACAGUUGUGGGUAUGAAAAUGGCUCUGUUUACAAUACAGAAAUUGUUUCUACUUUUUCUGAUGAAGUGGAACAGAUCUCAAAGGAUGAAAUUGGAGAUGAUCCUCAGGAUGGCGUUUCCACCUUGAAAACAAUCAAACCAACCCAAAAAAUAAGAACUUCUUCAGAAUCAAGUGAAGAUCAGAGUCCAAUUCGAAGAAGAAGAGGGAUUUUAAAAUACUCUGAUAAAUUCUGCCGAACUGUAUCUGAAUCAAGCGAUGACUUUUUGUGGUCUUCACAAGAUAUUUCUUCACCAGACUGUGACUUCUCAGUAGAUGGCAGCACGGAUAGGAUUAAGAAAAGUGUCCGUUUUAGUGAUUAUGUUUCAAAGAAUGUUUAUAGGGUGAACUCUAGUAUUUUGGGUCAAAGAAAGAAAAAUCAACGGAAGGCUCUGAAUAAGCAAAAGGCCAGAUCUCGAAAGGAUUCUGUGUCAUCAUCUGAUAGUGAAUGUACAGAUGCUGGAGAUAAAGAUAAUGGAAAAGGAACUGACUUGGAAAAUACCACGAAGAGAAGUAUUAGUGAUACCAAUUCUUAUGAUGAAGGAACUGUGUGUGCAAAAAAUGAAGGAAAACAAAAAUGUAAAAGUCAAAAAGUUGAAACCUACAAUUUGGAAACAUCUCUUUCUAUUUUAGAUUCUUCUGGUUUCAAGGAUCAAGUAGAAGAUGAAAGUACCAAAAUUUUAGUAGAUAAGAAAUGUGUAUCUGUAGAUGGGUUUUUUGACCAGGAGGUUUUAGACUCGACUUCUUUUGAAGUCACCAACCAUGAAGAUUGGACAGUUGUCAAAAGAAAGAAAAGAAAUGGGAAACGAAGAAACUCAAAUGAAGCCAAAGAUUGUGACACUGAUAACGUUUGUGAUGAAGAAAAGUUUAAUUUAACUUUGUCCCAAAGGAAUGGCACUGAUGUUAGAAGUACAACAACUGUGAAUGGGAAAAAUCUUCAAAACUUCUGUGUUAAUAAUGGAAGAGAGAGAGAAGAAAAUAUCCCCGAUGAAACCAAGAAUGUAGUAUCUCAUAUUGAUAGUGCAGAAAACACAGACCACAUACUUAAUGGCUCAACUGAUGGACAACAGAGCAGCUGUUCUAUUGAACAUCUGGAAGACAAACAACUGGACAGUCAACUUACUGGGAACCAAGAUCAUAAACAUUACAAAAGCACUCCUACGAAUGGCUUAGUGGACAAUAACUACUUUAUCAAAUACCCAGAAGAUGUAUCUACGUCAAGUGACUUAGAAUUCAAUCAGCUGAAAAGUUGCCCUGGUGUAGAAGACAAGAAGAAAACUGUGUUUACAGAAGAAACUGAAACUACAGUCUCAUCAGAAAAGGUGCUUACUACUGAUGAUAAUGACACCAGUGAUGAUCAUUGCAUAAAUUCUGUUCCUUCAGAACCCAUUGUUUCUGACAUUACCAAAACCUCAGUAUUUCCAACCUGUGAGAACAGAACUAUAAUUGACAAAUCAAUUCAAGAGGAAGAGGAUGUCACAGUUGGAUCUGAAACUGUAUUAAAAGGGAAUGUGAAUUCUCCUCAAGUCCACAGUUAUCCCACACACUGCAUCAUUCAGUUCUCUAAUAACUUGAUGUAUCAGCUGGACUGAUGAAGCUUUUAUUUGGGCUGGAAAUAAAUUUAGGUUUUUAGUGUUUCUAGGAACUAUAUGCUUAGUACAAAUAUUACAAAAAAUUAGAUUCUACUCAUGCAAAUCUUCUAGUGAAAACUAAUUACUGGGUGGUUGAAUGGUAGUUACAUAAUCUUUUUUUUUCUCUAUUUGUUUUUAUAGAGAGUUUCUUUUUUGUCAAGCUGAGUCAGUAAGAAUUGCAUACUACAUCAAAUGUUGAUUUACUGUUUGCAGAAACUUAUCUAAUUUCAAGCUUAUGUAAUUUCACUAAGUCAAAUGAUUCACAUGCUUAUUAGAGAACCUGAGUUUAAAAAAUUUUCUAAACACCCUUGCUAGAAAGUACAGCAAAACUGUAGCAUACAAAAUUUAUCAAUUAAGUUUACGUACUGGAGCUUCAAUGUCUAUCAUCUACAAUCAGUUCAUUCAGCAUUUUUGAACAUCAUUCAUCACACUCAGUUUAUACCGUGUAGCAUAAAUAUCACAGCAAGUCAAUACAGCAUUUUUUUAAUAGACACGCCAUUUUGUACAUCAACAAUACAUUCAAAUUGAUCUACUUUUAUCAAAACAUAAGAAAUUUUCUAAAGUUUUUAGGAAAAAAAACACGUGUAUAUUAAUACAUUUAUAUGAAUUAUUUAAUUUGACUUACCACAAAUUUUGAGCAUUUGAAAUAUUAUUCCUAAAAUUUUAACAACUUUUAACUGCAAAUAAUACAAGUUUUUUUUACCAAUCAUCUGAAUUAUGAGUUACAUAUAUAUAUAUAUAUAUACUCUUCUGUUCAGAGUCACUUUUCACUAGUAUAACAACAAAAGUAUACCAAACUUGGAAGUCACUUGGAAAACAUUUUUAAAGUACAUUAGUCCCUGUGCAUGUAGGCCAGAAUUGUAAUAUAAUAAUAGUUAUUUAUACAUAAAACAUUUGUAAUAAAAUGUUGAUUAAAUUAUUGGAUACUAUAUUCAGUACUUGAAAUAGUAAAAAUAAAAUAAGUGCUGGGGGUGU